ACCACUUGUGAUGCACCGGCAAGUCUUGGUCGUGAGGAAGCUCAGGGUUGCAGUAGUACAUCAGUCUUUUUUCUUUCCAUAACAAAGAAGACCAUCAUCCAUCUUUUAUUUUUUUGCUUCUCCCCAAUUUCAGUUUAUUUCAGGCCAGUUGCAUGCAUUGUUCGUCUCCCAAAAUGGUUUGCGAGACUAAAAUCGUUGCAGACGAACACGAGGCCAUAGCUGGGACCAAAAAAGAUUCAAUUAUAGUUUCCUCCUCGCAAAUGUGGACGUCUUCUUCGCCUUCUCCCAGUGCGCUCGAGAGUAAGGUUGAAAAACGGAACCAGGUUUUUAUUCGCGAAUUUGAACGCUCGGACCAUGAGGAGGUGCGCCGGAUCUUCAACGAGGGAAUCAUGGAGCGGAUACCUAAUUCGGCAUUUCGGGGUCUAAAACAGCAAACUAGAACCCAAAUUAUCUAUGCCUUUCUCACAGUAAUGUGCUAUGUUAUGACCAAAUCCUUCACACUGACCUUCUGCGCACCGUUUAUUCUAAUGGGUGCACGUUAUUACUACAGCAGAAAAGUCAUUCUCAACUACCUGGACUGCGCUCUGCACACUGAUAUGGCUGACAUUGAGGCAUAUUACAUGAAACCCACAGGCUCUUGUUUCUGGGUAGCAGUUUUGCAAGGCCAGGUGGUGGGCAUCGUGGCAGCGCAAGGUCGAGAAGACGACAACACCUUGGAACUCCGUCGCAUGUCUGUGGACUCUCGCUUCCGUGGAAAAGGCAUCGCCAAGGCUCUGGGUCGACGUGUUCUAGAAUUUGCCAUGUUAAACAACUACUCGGCUGUGGUUCUGGGAACAACUGCAGUGAAGAUGGCCGCCCACAAGCUGUACGAGUCUUUGGGUUUCCGGCGAGUGGGAGACACCGAUGACCACACGCUGCCAGGAAUGACCCGUUCACCGCUGGAGAGGCUCUUCUUCCAAAUUCGCUACAGCCGGUACCGAUUGCAGCUUCACGAAGAGUGAGAGACAGAGUUAACAUGAGCGCAGAAGAUAGAAUAUAUAAGCGACAAUGCCGGCAAUGACCCUGAACCACCCACUGACCCGGUCCUCUUCUUCAACCUAUUUAUUUAUGUUUGUUUUAAGUCAUAUCUGUUCCUACAACCUUUAUUUUCAUUCAUUUUUAUUCUUAUUUUUAUGCUCAUUGUUUUUGAGGGGGUUUAGUGGAAAAUUUCAUUCCUUUGACCUUCAUUUGACGUUUCUGCUCUUAGACUUUCUUUUCAUGGUCAUCUUGCCCUGAAACACCAUGAACAUAUGAAUAGCCCCAAAAGAUUUGAUCUUAUUUGGAUAUAAAUGUGAAUUUGUUCGCAGUGACAGAGUCUCCCUUAAAACAUAAAUCAGCCAAGGCAGCUUAAUUCUGCCUCUGACCUUUUUCCAAUCCAUCCUAUUGGCCGAUCCACAGAGUAGCACAGACCACUAUUAACACAGUUCAGGAAGCAGUGGAUGUAGGGAACUGGAGGGAAGGAUGCAGUAAAGUUUGAUCCACCUUCCUCCUGAUGAAGUAUGUUUGAACCUUGCAACAGCAGCAGUCUGGUGGAAUCAAACAGUCCAUCCAAUUGUAACUUUUAGUCCAAAGCAAAGCACUAGCCGAUGAACAAAAACAGCUAAAAAUGUGGAAUAUUGUAAAGCCAGUAAUUUAUAUCCUUAAGCACCCCUCGUUUAAUAGGUUACAAUAACAACUUUGCAACAUAAUCUUUAUUUCCUAGUGCUGAACCACAGUAUCAGCAUUAACAAAUGACCAGAAAAACAUGAAUGCUCUUUCAUGUUAAAGAAAACUAAAGAAAAAAAUGUUUCUCUACACUUCAUUUGGCUGACACUAAAGGUGCAGUCAGGGAAAUUCACGUUUACAAAAAUCUAAAUUCACUUGAAAUCUGAUUAUAUACUGUGAUAAUCUGAAAUAUCACACAUACUGAUUUUAGCACAUAUCUAUUUGUGUACUGAUUUGAUGAAGCUUUAAUAAUGACUUUUGUAUACUUUGUGGAUAAUUUCACCAUUCAGGUUUGGGGAAAAAUACCUACUACAAAAUUGCUGAAAUGUGGUCAUGCUUCCCAGUCUGAUAUUGCUCCUCCGAUGCAAAAUCUAAAAUACCAAAAAAGAAAAAACAAAUGCCAUCAGACUCUAAGUGUAUUUAAAUUAAACUUGGGUGGCAUAAAGGCAGCAAUAUAAUGAUAAAACAAAAAAUUUAACUGAGCACAAAUAUAAAUUUGGAUAAAUAUAUAAAAAAGGGUUGUACAAGUAUACAAUAUCUAAUGCUUUAUAUUCUGCAACUACUCAAUAUGUAUAUGUAAAAUGUUUGAAAACAUACAUAUAAGACAUACCCAUAAUCUCUCUCCGUCUCUAUCCUCCUACCACAGUACCAGCAGAGGGAGAGAUACAAACCACAACGAGCCUCAUCUGUGACAUAAUGUUGUAUAAAGUUAAGAAACUAAAUGUGAUUUAAAAAUACAUAGAAGUAACAUGUAGUGCAAAAAUCGAACAUGAACAUUGCCAGUUUUCCUUGACUUUAACCCCACCCCCAUCCAAAAAUCUGACUGCAACCCUGGGCCAGACCUCUCCCUCCUUUCUGUCCCCACCCCCCUCUCUGCAUGCGCCACGGAGUCUUGUUGCGCUGCCCUUUUUCCCCAUUCUAGCUUGUACUAUCCCCAUACUUCUGUGAUGUCACAGUAGCGGUGUGGAGAGUUGUGGGCAUGGCUUAGAAUGUGAGAUGGGCGGGGUCAACCAAACAAAAGGACUACCCACCAGCUUGCUGCUUCAAUGACAUCACAGCUGCCAAUAGUAGAAUGCAAGAGCAAUGCAAGUAUGUGGCAUGCCUCUGUACCUGGUUUGUGCGUACGGUGCCUGCCCUGGAAAAGUAUAUUUAAAAAUAUGUAAAACAAGCUUCUUUUUUUAACUGAACAUAUAACAAAUAUGUGUGUUUCAUUGUUCAAAGAAAUUGUUGUUGCAUGAAACGUCUUUGAAUGAAAAACGAGCAAGAAAAUACCAUCUUUCACAUGGCAAGUCUUAAAAGUGGAGCCGUUUCUUUUUGUUUUUCAAUGGAAUUUCAGUUUAUUCUAAAAUUCUUAAGAGUUAUUGUCAUCUUUAAGGAUAUUAAGAGAUGUUCUUUUUCAUCAUUAAGAAGGCCUUGAAAAUUAUUUAACUGAAUGCGCUGUUUUGAUUACAGAUAAGUUACGUGAAAGCAAUUCUCUAGACACAACUUUGCCAGUUGUGCCACACGCGUGCCAGUCAAAUUAGACACAGCAUUCACCUGUCUCCCUUAAAAUGGACUCAUUAAAUGGCCAGUUAAGCUGUAUUUGAAUGCACUAACAUCCUUAAGAAGAAAGGGUAGUUUUAUCAGAUCUGUGAUGGGAUAUUUAAACUAUCAACAUGAAUUCCUGUGUAAACCCAAAGCAAACAGGCUACAGAUCACACUUACCUGAGAUCUUGUGAAAUGUUUGCACUAAACUGUGAAAAGCCAAAACAAUCAAACACAUAAAUGUAAUGCAGUAUGAAAAUAUAUAAGGAGCAUAAAGUUCAAUCCCACAUUAAGGAUUUACCACAGCGCUGGCAGAUGUGAAUGUACACGGCAAUCAGCAAUGUAUUAUGUUAAGUUGAAGAUCAAGAUUUGAACAGUGUUUGAUGUACUUGAGGUCUUUUGCUAUGAGUGUUAUUCUUCUGUAGUGCCACUGUCUUGAAAAUCCUUAGCUUAUUAUUCUGAAUGCAGUUAGCAUGGGAUUGGGAAUUUCAUGUAUAAGGUGCAUGUAUUGUUGCCAUAUUGAAGAGAGCCUUAUUGUAAUGCUAAAAUUGCAAGCAAGUGCAAGAACACCAUGAUCACUGCUUGUGUUCAACUAACCUGUUGAACAGUUCCUGAUCAUGCCACUAGUUUUGCACAUGCUAAAACUUUUGCACAUGCUAAAGGCUCAAUUAAAUUGGAUUUAUGUAUACAGUACAGUUAGUGUCAUAUGUAGGUUUAGACUGGUGACUUGAUUGGCUAGUGAAUGUCUCUGAAAGUUGGAGCAGUGCUCAAGACAGCAGUCAAGAUGUUACGAAAGAAAAAAGCUGGGGUUUUACCCAAGUCUCAAAAAAAAAAAAAAAAAAAAAAAAGAAAGAAAAAACAAACAAACCAACAACUUAAACCCCCCCCCCACCAACAACACAGAAAUAAAGUGCAUUCUUAUACAUUUAUAGUGUUAGUUCGAAAGAACAGUUGAUAAGGCAUUCAGAUUGAUCUUAGUAACCUGCAUGAAAAAAAUGGCUGCUAAGAAUGUUUCACUUUAACACAGGAGAAGGGAGUCAGUGAAGAUCCACGAUGGUAGAUGGUCUUGCUUCAUCAAUGUCACCCUUCAGGUGAUGCAUGGAACAAGCCAAGAUGCCAAAAUGUGGAGCUGCUUCCUUCUCCUUUAUUUUAUUUUAUUUUUUUUGGUUGAAAGCACUCCCUUAAUGUGGCUUGAAGUGCUAAGGAGGUAGUGGCACUUGUAGCACAAUUGUAUGAUUUUUUUUUUUUUUUUUUUUUAAUAAGAGUUUGACUCGUGUGCUUAUCUAUGAUCCACUACAAUGUAUCAACGGUAUUUUUUAAGUUAAAUUUGCCAAAGUUAAAGAUGUUUGCUGCAUUUCUUUAUUUUGCCAUUUGUCUUUAAGAUGUUGCCACAACUCAUCUUUGUAGAAUUCAUUUGGAAACCAAGCCUAUGUGCCAUUUUAUCAGCAAUAAUGAAAAGUGUCACAGUCGGAAAAAAAACAUAACCAGAACAUGAUCCAUGAGAUUAUAAAAAUGUUCAAAUGCUGCAUUGAUGUUCAAUCCCUCAUACUUUACUGGUGACAGUCGCUAAGAUGUUAUUAGUAUUGGCACAGCAACAUCACCAUGGGCAAGCCAAGGCCUGACAAAGUGUGAAUGUGAAUUUUCUUUUUUUUGUAUAUUCUCAUUUUUUAUAUUUCCUUAAUUCUAAUUACAACUAACAUGUUUACUUGCAUCUUGAAUCCUUCAAGUUUACGGUGGAUUUUUAUGUUGUACUGAUACGAAGCCCACAAAAAUAAGCGAGAAACCUUUGUGACUGGGUGAUGUUGUGGGACUCUGAAAGUUGCAUUAAGCUCUGAACCACAAUUGUUUGGUCUUAAAUAUCCACUGUCUCCUGAUUCACGAGGAGUGCAGUCUCCAACAAUCUGUGACAGCAAUCAAAGCAGAGAAAUCAACACCACACAACCAAUUUUACUAGUACGCACAGGUUCAUAUUAACAAAGCUUUAUGAUUUUUUUCUUGAAAACAAUUAACCUUUUUUAUUAACAUUUUAAUAUAUGUAAAGUUGUAAAGUGUAAUUUACUGUAAAUAGCAUUUGGGGACAUUUUGUGAUCAUUUUGUAACAGAAACUAUAUGAAUAUAAUUAAGAUGUUUACAAAAAAUAAACAACAACAAUAAUACACUUUGGGAAACAACUGCAAACUGAGACAAUUCUAACUAUACAAUCUGCUCACAUUUGUGCCAGUCAGAGCAGCAAAAGCAACUUUCAGAGUCCCUGCAUCCUCUUAACACUUAUUAGGGGCUCUUAGAAGCUUUGCAAAGUGCCAGCGGGAUACUAAUUAUUGUAAAUUAUGGUUAAUUUAUGGGUAAAUCCCAGGAACUACUUUGGAAAUGUAUGGCACUAAAACAAUUUCUCAAGUUGGCAGUAACACUUUAGAAAUGCUCAUGUUUACAUCUGGUAUAAGUUGACAUUAGUUGCCCCAUUUUGUCAGUGUGUUAAACACAUUUCAGUCAUUGGCUGCCUGUUACUAUAGAAACAAGCCCAUGCAAAGCACAGCAGGGAAAUGAUAUGCAGCCAUUCAUGGGGGCGGGUCAGUAGCAACAAAAUGGGACUGGUUUUAGUAUGAUAAUGAGGGCUGGGCAGAAUGGAGUUUGAGGAAAGAAAAGGGAGGUUUGAGGUUUUCAGCAUGGUAAAUCUGGCCUUGCUUUACUUGUUUGGUCGCAGUGAUCACCUGGUUCUUUGAGUCUGAAAUAACUGUACUGCCUGGGUUUUCUUUGGAUUUUGUUUUAUUCUGCUGUUUACGUUCCUACCUUUUCUCUUUUUCUUUCAUUUUCUCGAUACACAGGAACUUUGUAAAGAUGUAAAGAAACGUUUUCCUGAUUUAUGAAAGAAAAGGUUGUACAUACUGUAUCAAUUAAAGGAAUGAUGCAUAAA